AUGGGUCGUAUGCACGCUCCCGGAAAGGGCAUUUCGUCCUCUGCCCUCCCCUACCGCCGCGCCCCGCCGUCCUGGCUCAAGACCACCUCCGAGGAUGUCGUCGAGCACAUUGCCAAGCUCGCCCGCAAGGGCCUGACCCCCUCGCAGAUCGGUGUUACCCUCCGUGACUCGCACGGUAUUCCCCAAGUGCGCUUCGUUACCGGUAACAAGAUCCUCCGUAUCCUCAAGUCGGGCGGUCUGGCACCACAGAUCCCGGAGGAUCUCUGGCACCUCGUGAAAAAGGCCGUCGCCGUGCGCAAGCACCUCGAGACCAACCGCAAGGACAAGGACUCCAAGUUCCGCCUCAUUUUGAUCGAGUCCCGCAUCCACCGUCUUGCUCGCUACUACAAGACGAAGCAGCAGAUCCCGCCAACGUUCAAGUACGAUUCGGCGACUGCGUCAACCCUCAUUGCAUGA